AUGUUUAAUGACAUGGAUAAGGAUGAGGCAGCAGCUCGCGAGACACGACAAGGCAAGAAUAUGGCUGAAGCAGCUAUGACUACUAUGAAUAGUCUCCAACACUACAUCUGGCCGACGUUGGCAGAUACUGAGUGCAUUAGCCAGGGACACUGCAGCGUACCACACUAUCAAUCCAAGGUCGCAGUCAACAGAUACAUAGAAUUCAAACCAGAGCUGCUAUCCAAGGUAUCGUUUCUCUGGUGCUCUUACUAUGCAGCAAGCUUCACACGCGGCUGUCUGACACCAAUCUUUGUUCCCGAGUCAGGAAGAUACCUACAGCUGCAAAGUGUACCUGAUGACACGCUGAUGGCAUUCGUCGGCAAUGCUUGUACAAAUUUGGGUGCUUUCAUUAUGACCAUUCUUGAGCAGCCCUUGAAAGCUGGAGACGGCAAGACAGUCUUUGCAUAUAUUGGAACGGGAACAUUAGGGGACCUUCUGCAAACUUGGGCCAAGGCCUACAGCGUAGAAGCGCAUGUGGGAAAGGCUUAUUGGUUCGAGACCAACGCCCUUCUUCUGCUCACACAAAACAUGACUUCAUCUACCCUUCAUACGCUAUGCAAUGAUCAAGAAGAAAAGAAGAAAGACGGGCUGUCUUACAUGCCGCACCCGACGUCGUGGGAGAUGGAGUGGGUUUUUGACACCAUUAUUGCUCUUGGUUCUAUGCACCGUGCCACAUUACUAUUGUCACAAAAAGGAGGGAACGACCGUCAUCGCGGAUUAGACACAAAGGUCAUCGCCAUCCAAACAUAUAUUAGAGCUCUGGAGGGUUUAUCGACUUGUAUGGCUGAUACGAAGGAUCCCACUCCAUUGGCGGUAGGCGUGCUAGUACUCAUGGCGUACAUUGAGUGCUUCUCGGGAAAUCUUCCAGCCGCGAUUCGUCAUACUCAGGUCAUUCAAUGCUACUCACAGGCGAUGCAGGUGGACGAUCAACAACCUGUUGGGCGUUUCAUUUCACCGAUUGAGUCAUCCAUUCGCGAUUUAGAACUCAUCUGUCGCAUCAUGAGGCCAUUCCCGAGUCCAUUGGAACCGAGCUGUCGAUCCAACGCCGAAAAGUUGACAGUCAAUCUCCCUUCAUCAUUCUUUGAAGUAGCGGAAAACUCGUCCUCGAUGCUUCAGCAACUCCUCGAGUUCACUUCUGCAGAUCUUGAUCUCAAACACCUAGUUUGGUGUGCCUAUGCAGCGCAUUACCAUACCGCCUCCAAGGAAAAAGUCUUGGCUUUCUUGCAGGCACUCGAUGAUUGGAGAUCAAACAACUUAGCAGCCCUGCAGACGUUGAAAUUGGAGGACCCCCCGUCGGAUCAAAUCGACUUCUCCUACCAGGCCCUGUGUAAACGUCCAUUCCCGCCACCUUGUCACGAGGAUGUAAAUCCGGAGGGUUGUCUUGCUCUGACGCUUUACACCUUCUACAAGGCACGUCUUCUUUGGGCAUUGUGUCUUUUCGAGGACCAGAACAGCAGCAUUGAGUUGGAUACAUACUUUCACGUGUAUCAAUUCUUGCGAUACGCAAGGACGGCUUUAAAAAUCAUGCACCAGUCUGCUACAUCUGAAAGCUUGCUACCUUGUGAGAACUUGAGGGUCGGCUUAUCCCCGUUACUUUACCUCGCAGGACGUUGCUGUCCCACACCAUCGUGGCUUCGCUGGAUCAUCCAGGAACUUGAACUCGUGGGCCGAGAAGGCCUCUUCCACAAUCAGCCGUUUGCGAAAACUCUCGAGAUUCUACUCCUACUUGAAGAACUUAAAAUACAAUCUUCAAAUUCUUCCGAAACAGAAAGAUUCGUCCCAGCCUCUUCGCGAACCAUUGCUCUUCUAAUCCCGGAUAUCGACUGCCGAAGUUUCAAUGCCUACUACUCACAUCCGCUGAAGUCGAGUCAUGAAGAUGCGAAGGAAUUCAAACUCGUCAGAGUUGCUCGUUGGUCAGAUGCAACUAGGCAGUCAGGCCCUGUCGUGGAGGAUUACGAGAUAUACGAACAGCUCUUUUGUAAGGACUGGCUCUUCGAACAGCCAGUUGUACGGAAAUGGUUGGACUGGAACUGCCACACAGAGUUUGACUUGAAUCGUGUGAUUCAGGACCACAUUACUGGAAACCGUCUAUUGCUGGAAGCUGGCCUCGAGCAAUGA